AUGAGUGGAUUUAGUUUUAAAGGAUUAUUAGAAAAAAUGGGAGUUGAAUCAAACCCAAAAACACCAGGUGCUAAAAUAUUUAAAGUGGUUCAAUUAAUUACUAUACCUUUAUUUAUUGCAGUUUUAGCUUCUAAACCAUAUGUUGAAGAAAGAAUUCAAAAUAAAAAAUAUUUAAACGAAAGAAGAUUAGAAGCAUUAGAAACAAAAAAAGCCAAAGAAAGAGAUGAACAAUUUGCAAAAGAUCAUCCAGAAAUAACUCAAGAAAUGGAAAGAUAUCAAAAAUCUUUAUCCUCAUCAUCAUCAUCAAAUAACAACAAAAAAUAA